AGGCCGCGUGUAGGUUUAAUCAUAGGCAGCGUCUAUUACGUCCAUCCACAGAGCAUGCUGUUUGAAGGGACACCGGUUUUCACUUGAAAAAAUGGUUUAAAUCACCUUGGUUCUUCGUUUUUCAUACUCACUCUAGACAACCUUGACAUAGAUAGAUUGAACUGGCAGUUAAAUAUUUGGGGUAAUCAAACUAGAAGUAUUUUAAGUCUGUAAGCAAUGGAGGCCGCACACACUUUACCGGUGGAUGAAGUCUUAAAACAUUUUAAUGUGCUGGAAAGCAAAGGGCUAAGCUUGGAGCAAGUUAAAAAGUUACAAAAAACUUAUGGUCCUAAUGAACUACCAGCUGAAGAAGGCAAACCUUUAUGGAAGCUUGUUCUUGAGCAAUUCGACGAUUUAUUGAUCAAAAUCCUUCUGAUCGCAGCCGUGAUAUCAUUUGUUUUAGCUCUGUUCGAAGAAGGAGAAGAUCAAACCACAGCCUUUGUCGAACCCCUGGUUAUCCUCGUAAUUCUCGUCUUAAAUGCGAUUAUUGGAGUUUGGCAGGAAAGAAACGCAGAAAACGCUAUCGAGGCCUUAAAACAAUAUGAACCAGAGAUAGCAAAAGUUCUUCGACAAGAUCGACCAAUCGUUCAAAAGAUAAAAGCUCGAGAUCUCGUUCCCGGUGAUGUUGUGGAAGUCGCAGUUGGUGACAAAGUACCUGCAGAUAUCCRUGUUAUCCAUAUCAAGUCAACUACAUUGAGAGUUGAUCAGUCUAUACUCACAGGUGAAAGCAUGAGUGUUAUCAAGCAUACAGAUGCAAUACCAGACAAAAAAGCUGUCAAUCAAGACAAGACUAAUAUGCUGUUCUCGGGAACUAACAUUUCAUCAGGAAAAUGCUGUGGCAUUGUUAUAGGAACUGGACUUAAUACCGAAAUAGGUAAGAUAAGAAACCAAAUGGUUGAUACCGAAGGUGAAAAGACUCCACUUCAACAAAAGUUAGAUGAAUUUGGUGAACAACUGUCAAAGGUCAUAACAGUGAUAUGUAUAGCUGUCUGGGCCAUCAAUAUUGGUCAUUUUAAUGAUCCAAUUCAUGGCGGAUCCUGGCUUAAGGGUGCUAUUUAUUACUUCAAAAUAGCUGUUGCUUUAGCUGUUGCUGCUAUUCCAGAAGGUCUUCCUGCUGUUAUAACCACCUGCCUAGCUUUAGGUACAAGAAGAAUGGCCAAAAAGAACGCUAUAGUCAGAAGUCUGCCUUCAGUGGAGACCUUAGGGUGUACCUCGGUUAUUUGUUCAGACAAAACRGGAACACUUACCACUAACAAAAUGUCUGUCACUAAGUUUUUUAUACUGAAAGAAAUCAAAAGGAGUUAUGCUGAAUUCCAUGAAUUCUGUGUUGAAGGGACAACAUACGACCCAGUUGGUAAAGUAACUGAGAAUGGAAAAGAAAUUAAUUCCUCUUCAUAUGAUGCUCUAGCAGAGUUUGCUUGUAUUUGUGCUCUUUGCAAUGAUUCCAGUCUUGACUACAAUGCAGCACGUAAGUGUUAUGAAAAGGUUGGUGAAGCGACUGAGACAGCCCUAUCAGUAUUGGUUGAAAAACUCAAUGUCUUUGGCCUCAACUUGGCUGGUAAAGGCAAAUCUGACCUCGCUCAUGCUUGUAAUGAGAACAUCAAAGAGCAUUUCACUAAGGAUUUCACCCUUGAGUUUUCAAGAGACAGGAAAUCCAUGAGUGUUUACUGUACUCCUAGCAUAGAUGGACUCAAUUCUGUACUGGGCAAAGAACCAAAGAUGUUCGUCAAGGGUGCUCCAGAAAGUAUUCUUGAUAGAUGUGAGUUUGUGAGAGUAGGCAAGACCAAACAUCCUCUGACACCUAAAUUAAGACAGCAAAUACUUGAUCUUGUAUUGUCUUAUGGCACAGGAAGUGAUACACUUCGCUGUCUGGCCUUGGCAACUAUUGAUGAACCAUUAUYGCCUAAGAAGAUGGACUUGGAGAAUUCAGAAAACUUUAUCAAAUAUGAAGCUGGUAUGACAUUUGUGGGAGUUGCCGGUAUGCUUGAUCCACCACGAGCUGAAGUAGCUGAAGCCAUUAUCAAGUGCRAAAAUGCAGGCAUAAGAGUCAUUGUCAUCACAGGAGACAACAAGGCUACAGCUGAAGCCAUCUGUAGGAGAAUUAAUAUCUUUAAACCAGAUGAAAACACCACAGGGCUCUCUUAUUCUGGACGAGAGUUUGAUGACCUAACACAGGAGGAACAAAGAGAGGCAUGCCAAAGUGCAAGACUUUUUUCAAGAGUAGAGCCAUCCCACAAGAGUAAAAUAGUAGAGUAUCUACAAGCAGAAGGAGAGAUUUCUGCCAUGACAGGUGAUGGAGUCAAUGAUGCUCCUGCCUUGAAGAAGGCUGAGAUUGGUGUUGCCAUGGGAUCAGGCACUGCUGUUGCUAAGAGUGCUUCUGAAAUGAUUCUAGCGGAUGAUAACUUCUCAACAAUAGUAGCUGCUGUAGAGGAAGGGAGAUCUAUCUAUGACAACACUAAACAGUUUAUAAGAUAUCUUAUUUCAUCAAACAUUGGAGAAGUCGUCAGUAUUUUCCUAACYGCUGCUCUCGGCAUGCCUGAAGCCCUUAUCCCAGUACAGCUGCUGUGGGUCAAUCUCAUGACAGAUGGACCCCCAGCUACAGCCCUCAGCUUCAACCCCCCUGACACAGACAUCAUGAAGAAGCCUCCACGUAAUCCAAAGGAGUCCCUUAUCAAUGGUUGGCUGUUCUUCCGUUACUUAGCUAUAGGGAUUUAUGUUGGCGUGGCAACUGUUGGAGCCUCRGCUUGGUGGUUUAUGUUCUAUGAAGGUGGUCCUAAAGUGAAUUAUUACCAACUGACUCAUCACAUGCAGUGCCCUAAUGACCCUACCAAUUUUGCUGGGGUAGACUGUUCUAUAUUUAGUGACCUCCAUCCAAUGACUAUGGCUUUAUCAGUACUUGUCACCAUAGAGAUGUUAAAUGCUCUGAACAGUCUGACAGAAAACCAAAGUUUACUCAAGAUGCCACCAUGGAAAAACCCUUCAUUGCUGAUAGCCAUAACUGCAUCUUUCCUUAUGCAUUUCUUYAUACUCUACGUUCCCUUCUGUAAUACUAUCUUCCGUAUAACUCCUCUUAACUGGGUUGAGUGGAUGGCAGUCCUGAARUUGUCUUUCCCUGUCAUUCUUGUGGAUGAAAUCUUAAAAUUUAUCACUAGAAAUCUUAUCCCUCCUCCUGAAAACAUACACAAGCACAAAACAGACUAAGAGUAAAGAAGCAUGCUGGACGUGCCGUUCAUCAACCUCGUAACGAUUCACCAGGGAAAAAUACGUUAUUUAUACCGGAAACGACCACAAGACAGUUACAAGGGAUUGGAUCACAAGSCAUGUCUUGCUCCUUUACGCCUACACAGGGAGCCCAAAACUCCCAUUGCAAUAGUAUUCAGUAAAUGCGAACGUUCAUCUACAUUUAUUGAAAACCAAAUGUUCAUGUGUAAAAAGAUAAGAGAUCGUAGACAUGGGUCGGGAGGGAUGGGGCUGUUACCAUCCAUUUAGCUCUUUGAAAUUCAUGAAUAUAAAUUGGACCAAUAGGGGAGGGGUGGGGAAGGAAUAGAGGGGAGAUCGACACGCUCCGAUAUACAAGUUGAUCUUUUUUAUUUCUCUUUGAGAAAAGUACAAAUUUUGUAUCAAGUACCAUAUAACUUAAAACAUCAAUUUUAUGAGCGCUAUUAACGAAUGAUAAUAAACAAAUUUGAUCGCAACGGAAUAUAAAGCAACCAGUUUAAUUUAGGGGAAAAAAUAUUCCAUUUGACCUGUGAUUUAGGUUGGACUUCAUGUCCAUCCCACUGAUAGGCUCUUUUCAUCAAAAUAUAUAUCUCAAGUAAUUAKAUUAUUGGAGUAGAUUUCGUAUCACAGUAAAACUGCGCUAAACACGCUGCUGAAGUCACGGAACGGAUACGGUACAAAAUGGACGACAUCCUCUGGACCAAUCACAGCGCGCGAGAUCUCGGGGUUUUUUUUAUCGUAAUAUGAAAUCUACUCUAGCUGUAUAGCAGCGAGACGGUUUCUCGUCAUUGUAUGGACUUAUAAUAAUAUUUAUGCCUUUUMCAGUCAUUACUUUGUGGUCUUGCAAUAAUUGUAUGUUGCUUCAUACGUGACUGUUUGUACCGUGGUUUCUUUUUUGAAGCCGAUUGAUUAAUACAACACUGCCGAAGCAAAUGUCGUAGGGGCUAUAGAGCUCUUAUAURGAAUGGUUGUGCAACAUGUGGGUGCCCCUGUUUGCGCCAUAACUAUACCUUUAUUUUACCCUCCCAGUAAUUCAAUCGAAGCAUUCAAGGGAAGAGGACUAUUACCAGGGUAAUCUUUUGUGGUGAACAAUAAGCAAACCAGUUGGCAAGGUCGUAGUCGUAUUAGUGUUGGUUUCUGAAAAUAUGUUUAUUCAUUUCAURAUUCAUUUCAAUUUCACCAUUGUAAUUCCCAGAUUCUUUCAUUAAAAUUUCUUCAAUUUGUUUGUA